AUGGACAACAAGCUUCCCAACAACGAGCAACCGCUUCCUGAAAAGGACUUCCAGAACAAUGCCCUGGCGCAACAGUACGGCGGCGGCCACGCCGGCGGCUGGGUCGGCCGUCUGCCAGCCUCCUGGGUCCCCUACGUCCAACUAGCCCGCCUAAGCCCUCCCGCCGGUCUCUUCCUGAUCUACUUCCCGCACUUCUUCGGCAUCAUGCUCGCGGCCGUGAUCCAACGCUCGCCCAUCGAGGAGGUGCUCAGGGCAUGCCUUGUCCUGUUCGGCGCGAGCUUCUUCUUCUCGAAUGCGGCGCACGGCUGGAACGACCUCAUCGACGCCCCCAUCGACAAGGCGAUCGCGAGAACGAGCAAACGACCCAUCCCGCGAGGCGCCAUCUCCCCUCGAGCCGCUUUUGUGUUCACCGCGUCGCAGGGUGUCGGUGCGGCUUUGUUUUUGCUUCUGAUGCCGAGUGGGAGUGCCGCGAAACGACACACCAACUUUGCCCAGGUCGUGCUUGGGUGGUGCUUGGCCUGGGGCAUAAUGAUGGGAUCCUGUGCCAUGGGUUUCGAGCCUUUCACCGGCGGUCCUUUUGGGGAUGAAGAGGAGAUUACAGUGCAACCGUCCAUCGCUUGCCUCUUCUUUGCCUGCAUCCUGUGGACCGUCAUCUACGACUCCAUCUACGCCCACCAAGACCUCAAAGACGAUCUCGAGGUCGGGCUAAAGAGCCUUGCAGUCCUGUUCAGGGACCGGACAAAGAUCAUGCUAUAUUCCGCCCUCGGUUGCAUGAUCUGUCUCCUGGCUUCGGUUGGAUACUUGGAGCAGAUGGGGUUCCAGUACUACCUCAUUGCUUGCGGGGGGUCGGCCCUCUCGUUGGGAGCCAUGGUCACUUAUGUCGAACUGAAGGAUUCUACGAGCUGUUGGUGGUGGUUCAGGUAUGGGUUUUGGCUUGCUGGCGGGUCGAUUGCCGUCGGAUUACUUUCGGAAUAUCUCCUCAUGGGGUUGGACACGUGGAGACUUGCCGCCCUUGGCAUCUAA